ACUGCAGUGAAUUACCAGUUGGAAGUACCAAUGGAGUAUAUAUAAUCUAUCCUGUCAGUGGAUUAGAAGUGAACGUAUAUUGUGAGAUGGAAUCUGACUGUCAUGGAUGGACGGUGGUUCAACGACGACUUGAUGGAAGCACAGACUUUAAUGUUGGAUGGGCAAAUUACAAGGCAGGAUUUGGUGAUCUCAGCAGGGAAUACUGGAUAGGAAACGACAACCUCCACGUUAUAUCGUCUUCAAAGGAUUACCUGCUGAGAUUUGAUCUGGAGGAUUUUGAUGGCCAUACAUCAUAUGCUGAGUACUCGACAUUUAGAAUAAGAAAUGAGGCAUCUAGAUAUAUACUAUCCAUUGGUGGAUACAGUGGCACUGCUGGUGAUUCCAUGGUUGGUUUCUAUAGCCUGGAUGGUUUUCCUUUUACAACUAAGGAUAAAGACAAUGAUGGUAGUUCAUCAAACUGCGCCGACAGCACCAGAAAGGGAGCAUGGUGGUUCCGAGACUGCGCACGCGUCAAUCCGAACGGACUUUAUAAGCCACCCGGAAGUAACGGAGCUGAUUGCAUCUACUGGAGAGAAUGGCAGGACUUUGCUGCAUUGAAGGCAGUGACAAUAAAGAUACGACCACUUUCUACGAAUUUGUAAAUGAUGACCAAUGUUACAUUAAACAUUCCUGAUAACUCUUGUGUCACAACUAUAUGCAUCUGCGUACUGUUUUGACCAUGCUCGUUCUUAAGAAUAAAAGAGGGAGCAAGAUAUACUCAGAUAUGAUUGUGUGUUUAUUUUGAAAAAAAACGAAGUGUGUUUUUUUUUAUUAUUAAAUAUGAUAUUGCUGACAUACAAUACAAGUACAAUAUAUA